CAGAAAUACUGUGAAGACCAAUGCGGUCCCCAUUCCGCUUAGCUCACGGCUGACAAGGCUUAAAUCAGGGGUCACUCCAGCUCCCGAUUUGAACAAGUUCCACGCCACAAACACUUGCCCCGACCACGAAUUCGAUAGUCCGCAUGCGUUCUAGAAUGUCUUCAAAAACGAGACCUCAGCAAGGGAUGACACCCCUCUUGGGAAUGUAGUCUUCCAGUCACUCACUCACUCAUCAUCUUCUCACCAAACACUCAUCUAUCCACCUAUCCAUCCACAGUCUCUACCUACCAAGCAUCAAGAAUCCAGCAUCAAGCCCGUAACACUCCACCACGAUGCCCCCCCUCUCCACCCAAGCCAGCACAGCCAUCAAGCUGAGCAUUGCGUUUCUCUCCAUCGCCAUAACGGCCUUCUACCUCUUCUCCGGAUCGGCAGAUAUCACGCAUCGGGGGUACAGGGCUAUAUACCAGACUGCUGUGAAGGGCAAGAAGGGGCUGUUUGUGGAGAGUCUUCUGGCGGAUGAGAAUGAGAUAGAUGGGCCUUUUAAUAAUGGCACGCUGGUCGAGCUGUGCAGGACGAGGCAUUGGACGCCGGGGUUGAUUUUCAAAUGUGAGGCGCCGGAGGGAGGGAUUGGGAAUGUGCGGAAUGUGUUCUUGAAUUGUGUGCGCUAUGCCAUUGAAGCUGGAGCGACGGGCUUCAUCGUCCCUGAAAUCCUCCUACGAACCACCGCCUCUCCAGACGGCACGAAUGUCCCCUUCACGCAUUAUUUCGACCUCGACCACUUCACCACCACCCUCCACCAAACCUGCCCGCGCAUCCAACUCAUCGCCCACCAAAACGACCUCUUCGACCUCCCCUCCACUGCAAUCCCCGUCCCCCUCGUCCCAACCAGCAUCACCAUCUCUCUAAUCGGCGGCUUCAUCCUCGGCGCCCCCGGAAACUGGUCCCAAGACUUCCACUCCUUCCUGAACAUCACGCACCCCGUUCCCCCUUCAGCCACAAAACCCAUCCUAGUCUCCCUCGCCGCACCACUCAUGCAGUUCCCACUCACCUACGACGACCCGCACCUCGUCGCGCAGUUCGGGCGGAUCCUACGCUUCAGACCAGACGUAAGACGUAUAGCUGCCACGACGGUGUACGCACUUAAUACGAAAUAUAAAUUGGGGUUGCAGCCGAGACGGGAUGUUAUCCAGGGGAAGUUCUACGGUGCGCAUUUGCGGACGGGGCAGGAUGCUGUGGCGGCGGGGUGGACGGCGUAUGGUGUGCAGGAACAUAAUUAUAUCGCCCACGCGAGGAAGGCGAAUCUCGCACUGAUAUACCUUACGUCUACGACGGAGCAGGAUGUAGAGGCGUUUAGGAACACGGCGGCUAAUGCGCUGAUGUCGGUGGAGACCAAAGAGAGUUUACUUGCUUCUGUAUCUUCCCCGGAGAGCCCGUCGGUGUAUACACCGUUGAAGGGAUUUGAGGAGGAGUGGAAGUUGUUGCAGGGUCUGAGCUGGGAUCAGCAGCUGCUUGUUGAUUUUGAGGUGUUGCUGAGGAGUAGUUUGUUUGGCGGGAUGUGGGAGAGUAGUUUUAGUUGGAAUGUGGCGAUGAGGAGGCAUGUUGUUGCGAGUGGUGCGAAGGGGUGGACGAGUAUUGCGGAGAGGGGGGAGGGAGUUAACAACUCUGCGCCGCCAGUGAAGAGGGGAAUCACUGGUAGAGCGUUUGAUGGUAUCGAAGGGGGACUGGUGGGCAGACAGGAUGUGGAAUCAGAGAACGCGCCGCCAAAACCAGAAGAAGCAGCUGAUCCAGAAACACCUACUGAGCCGGACUCUCCUCCAUCCUCUGAUGCCUCCCCAUCACCAGACUCUCCACCCACAGAUCCAGCAGCCUCUGAGCCUCAGCCAGCAGCAGAAACCGAACCCGAACCCGAACCCGAACCCGAACCACCCACAACCCCCAACACAUCCGCCCCACCCACCGAACACCCCGGAUUCACCCCCGAAAACCCAGCGACCCUCUCCGCCACCGAAACCGAUCUCGAGAACCGCCUCGAAGCGGAGAAGAACGCGGCGGGCCCGCCGGCGAAAAUAGAGAGCGAUGGCGCCGCGAAGGAAGGGGAGGCGAGCUUUAGGGAUGCGCUGAGUGUUGUUUUUGGGCCGGUAGGGGAGGGGAGGAGGGUGAGGGGGAGCUUGUGGCCUUGA